AUGAUCAAAUACUUGAUUCGGAGGCUUGGAAAUUCGAAAAUGGAAGUUUGCUCGGUGCUCAGAGCAGAGUCACGUGCUAAUUUUCAUUUUAAAAUAUGGGGAAAGACCAGGAACAUCAACAGAAUCGACUCUGAUCCACUGGAAAAACUUGCCCACAGAAUCAGUUGUAUCCUCGAAAAAGACCUGAAGCGGCAGCAGCCGGCGAAAAAGAAGAGAAACGAAGAUGGAACUGCUGAAAAAUCGCCCUCGAAAGUACCGACAACGUUGUUGAAGAGCUUCGGGAAAGACUUAGACUUGGAAACAACAAGUAUUGAUGAUGCGCUGAGGUUAAAGGAUUUGACCCUUCAUGUUGGGGAAACAAGCUUCCGCUGCAUCGUCAAUCCGCCUAGAAUAAAAGAACUGGCUAUUACGCCGAAACCAAUGGUCAAUUUCAACGCUUUUGUCGACUGUAAAGCUCUCGAUGCGAAGAAUGGCGUCGUUUUUAAAUGGUAUGCUGGAGAAAUGAGCGAAUCCCCGGGAAUUGAGAAGGAUCCUAUUGUGCUGGACACUAUCAGAGCUGGAGUCGAUCUGACUUGCACAAAGAAAGGAGUUCAGAAGCCGACGUACUUUCGGCCGAUUGGAGAGUCGAGGGAGAACAGAUUCAAGAUAGACAAGGAUUUAGAAGGGAAGAUUCUCGUUUGUCUCGCAUGUCCUGUUGUUGGUGAAGGAGAUCCGUCUAUUUCAGCUGCUGCUACCUCAAAACUGCCAGUUUCAGCCGGUCCCGGCCUCUGUCCCUACCAAACCCGUCAGGAAGAAGAGACUCAGCGUCGGUACUAUGAAGAAAGCACCGAUAAAUUCCGCGUUGUCUCGUAUAAUAUUCUGUCUGACGGUCUAGCGGAGACAGAAUUUUCCAAGGACGGAUUGUUUCCAUAUUGUUCGGAUGAAUAUGUCUCCUGGAAUCACCGGAGCCACCUUUUGCUAGACGAGAUCAUUGGCUACAAUGCAGAUAUUGUCUGUCUACAAGAAUUGGAUUCAAAGAUGUUCAGGGGAGAAUUUUACAAGACGCUGGAAACUGAGGGAUUUGAAGGAGUCUUUUCGAACAAAUCGGCCAGUCCUGAAGGAACCUGUGCGCUCUGGAGAAAAAAGAGUUUCGAGAAAGUCAGAUUCAGUGAAUAUCCCAUCAAUGGAGCGCUUUUGGACAAGGAUGAAAAGCUUUUUGAUGAUUUGAGAGAAGUUGUCAUGAAAUGUAAGCCAGUAAAGAAAGCUCCGGAUGGAAAAGAGUCUGAAAAAGAAAAGGGAAAUCAAAAGUCCGGCCAGCUGAUUCUCCAACUGCCACAUGUUCUACAAGUAGUGACGCUUAAAAACAAAGCAACGGGGAAAAUCCUUCUUCUUUGCAACACUCAUCUUUUCUGGCACCCAAGAGGGAGCAACACAAGAGCCUUGCAGGCAAUGGUCAUUUCCAGGCUGAUCAAAAGGGAGCAAGAUCUUUUGGAGAAGGAAACGGGGGAGCAAGUGCCGGUAGUAUUCUGCGGAGAUUUCAAUUCGGUUCCCGAAAGGACAGCGGUGAGGUAUUUGACCGGAGCGACCGUCUAUCCUUAUGAUCUAGAUUUUUUCACGAGUGGCAAAGAUGGAAUUUUGCGAUUUGAAAAGGAAGUUUCUUCCCCGAUUGUUUUCGAGCAUGGAGUGAGGCCACUACCAAAGUACAGCAACUUCGUAGCUCCUUUCAUCGGCUUGUUGGACUUCAUUCUCAUCAACAACUUGGACUACGUCGAGAGCUGCAAAGAUUUCAAGCAUGAAGAUGUGACGAAACACAGCGGGAUUCCGUCAAAAGUGUUUCCUUCUGAUCAUUUAGCACAAGUUUCUGUAUUGAAGUUCAGAUAG